CGGCGCGCCCGCCCGGCCGUGCGUGCUCACGUGAUAGAUCCGCGAGCCCCGUGCGCGCAGUCGUCUGGGCGAGCGAAGAUGGCGGCCGAGAGGGAACCUCCUCCGCUGGGGGACGGGAAGCCCACCGACUUUGAGGAGCUGGAGGACGGGGAGGACCUGUUCACCAGCACCGUCUCCACUCUGGAGUCAAGUCCAUCAUCUCCAGAACCAGCUAGUCUUCCAGCGGAAGAUGUUAGUACAAACUCCAAUGGUCCCAGAGCCGCCGAAGCUGUGCUAGACGAUGGCAGAGAGGAUCUCUUUGCAGAAGCCACAGAAGAAGUGUCUUUGGACAGCCCAGAGCGGGAACCUGUCCUGUCCUCAGAGCCUUCUCCUGCAGUCACUCCCGUCACGCCCACCGCACUCAUUGCUCCGAGAAUUGAAUCCAAGAGCAUAUCUGCUCCUGUGAUCUUCGACAGGUCCAGGGAGGAGAUUGAAGAAGAAACAAAUGGGGAUAUUUUUGAUAUAGAAAUUGGUGUAUCAGAUCCAGAGAAAGUUGGUGACGGCAUGAAUGCUUACAUGGCUUACAGAGUAACAACAAAGACUUCUCUUUCCAUGUUCAGUAAGAGUGAAUUUUCAGUUAAAAGAAGAUUCAGUGACUUUCUUGGUUUGCACAGCAAAUUAGCAAGCAAAUAUUUGCAUGUUGGUUACAUUGUGCCACCAGCUCCGGAAAAGAGUAUAGUAGGUAUGACCAAGGUCAAAGUGGGUAAAGAAGAUUCAUCAUCCACCGAGUUUGUUGAGAAACGGAGAGCAGCUCUGGAAAGGUAUCUUCAGAGAACAGUGAAACACCCAACAUUGCUGCAGGAUCCUGAUUUAAGACAAUUCUUGGAAAGUUCAGAGCUGCCGCGAGCAGUUAAUACCCAGGCUCUGAGUGGGGCAGGAAUAUUGAGGAUGGUGACCAAGGCUGCCGACGCUGUCAACAAGAUGACCAUCAAGAUGAAUGAAUCGGAUGCAUGGUUUGAAGAAAAGCAGCAGCAGUUUGAGAAUCUGGAUCAGCAACUUAGGAAACUUCACGCCAGUGUCGAAGCCUUGGUCUGCCACAGGAAAGAACUUUCAGCCAACACAGCUGCAUUUGCUAAAAGUGCUGCCAUGUUGGGUAAUUCUGAGGACCACACCGCUUUGUCGAGGGCCUUGUCUCAGCUGGCCGAGGUGGAGGAGAAGAUCGACCAGUUACACCAGGAGCAGGCGUGUGCCGACUUCUACAUGUUGUCAGAACUGCUCAGUGACUACAUCCGCCUGGUUGCUGCAGUGAAGGGUGUGUUUGACCAUCGAAUGAAGUGCUGGCAAAAAUGGGAAGAUGCUCAAAUUACUUUGCUCAAAAAACGUGAAACUGAGGCCAAAAUGAUGGUUGCUAACAAACCUGAUAAAAUACAACAAGCUAAAAAUGAAAUAAGAGAGGAAAUUGAAGAGUGGGAAGCAAAAGUUCAACAAGGAGAAAGAGAUUUUGAACAGAUCUCUAAAACGAUUCGAAAAGAAGUAGGAAGAUUUGAGAAAGAACGAGUAAAGGAUUUUAAAGCUGUUAUCAUCAAGUACUUAGAGUCAUUAGUACAGACACAGCAACAGCUGAUAAAAUACUGGGAGGCAUUCCUGCCGGAAGCCAAAGCCAUUGCCUAGCAGGAAGCCGGUGCCUGCUGAGACCAGCUUGGACGUGUGCUCCAAUGACGCCGAGUCCCACGCUGAAAUCAUUUAAAACCAUCUAAAUAAGCCACUCUAUAUUUUAUUAAUGACAUGUGGUUUUUUAUAUAUAUACUCUGACAUUUGAUUACCAGCUGCAUGUCCUGACCCUCUGAGUGGACUGUGGCAUGACAUUCCGCAGUACUUUGCUGAAUUGAACACUAUUGUGUCUUAAAUACUUGCACUGAAAAGUGCCCUGCAAGGCAAGAACAUUUUACAAUAUUUUUUCUUUACAGUAUGUUCUGUAGCAAGUUUACCCUUUCUGAAGUGAAUUAUCAAUGCAUUGAUUACUGUUCACUUAUACAUUCCUGUACAGAAAUUAUGAUUUUGUGAUUAUGAUAAUAAAAUGCUAUUCCUUGUGAA